CGGGGUUUCCAGGGCAGAGGCGCAGGAGUUGAGGAGUCCCCUUCUCAGUUAACGCUGUUCAGCUCCGCAUCUGUCCGCCGGCAACUCCUCAGCAAGUGGACCUACACGGAGACUGGACUGGUAAACAGAAGAGAACAUCCGAACCAGGAGCGAAACGUUCUCCGUGGUUUGUGACGCUGUUAGCUUGAACACAAACUUGUGCUCGCCGCAGGUCGCCUGCAGCCCCGCGGGUUGAUGUACGCUCAGAGAUGCGAGCCUCACUGAUGGUGCUCGUCUGCGUCCUGGCUGCUGCCGUUGGCCAGGAGCCAGACCACAGCCACGGCUGUGCCCAUGGCAGCUGUUACCCAGCAACAGGGGACUUGCUGGUUGGUCGAGAGAAGAACCUGAAGGCCUCUUCCACAUGUGGGAUGAGGAAAAAAGAGCGCUACUGCAUUGUCAGUCAUCUGCAGGAUGAGAAGAAGUGUUUCGACUGUGACUCUCGACGGCCAUAUGAUCCAGUGUACAACACCAUCAAUCACCGAAUAGAGAACGUUAUCACCACCUUCAAACCUCACCGCAAGAAGUCCUGGUGGCAGUCUGAGAAUGGAAAGUCGGAUGUCUUAAUCCAGUUGGAUCUGGAAGCAGAGUUUCAUUUCACUCACCUGAUUAUGACCUUCAAGACCUUCCGUCCAGCAGCCAUGCUGAUCGAACGGUCUGCAGAUUUUGGUCGUACCUGGCAGGUCUACCGCUACUUUUCUCACGACUGCGCUGCUGCUUUUCCUGGAGUGUCCCAGGGUCCUUUGCGUAACAUUAAUGAUGUCAUCUGUGAGUCACGGUACUCAGACAUUGAGCCGUCCACAGAGGGAGAGGUCAUCUACAGAGUGCUGGAUCCAGCCAUCAGGAUCGAGGAUCCAUAUAGCCCGAACAUCCAGAACCAGCUGAAGAUUACCAACUUGAGAGUAAACUUUACCAAGCUUCACACACUGGGAGACAACCUCCUGGACCCCAGAGCUGAAAUCAAAGAGAAGUAUUACUAUGCCAUGUAUGAGCUUGUCGUACGUGGAAACUGCUUUUGCUAUGGCCACGCCUCGAAGUGCGCCCCCAUCGUUGGCAUCAGGGAUGAUAUUGAAGGAAUGGUCCACGGCAGGUGUGUGUGUAACCAUAACACCAAGGGUUUGAACUGUGAGCAAUGUGAUGACUUCCACAACGACCUGCCCUGGAGACCAGCAGAGGGACGCAACACCAAUGCCUGCAAGAAAUGUAACUGCAACGGCCACUCCACUCAGUGUCACUUUGACAUGGCGGUGUAUUUGGCCACUGGCAAUAUCAGCGGAGGAGUUUGUGAUGACUGUCAGCAUAACACCAUGGGACGCAACUGUGAGAUGUGCAAGCCUUUCUACUACAAAGAGCCUGUAAAGGAUAUCAGGGACCCAAGAGUCUGCGUAGCUUGUGACUGCGACCCAGAUGGUUCCCAGAAUGGAGGGAUGUGCGACAGCCACACAGACCCUUCCCUCGGCAUGGUGGGAGGUCAGUGCCGUUGCAAGGCCAAUGUGGAGGGGCCACGCUGCGACAAGUGUAAGACCGGCUUCUUUGGCCUGAGCGCUGACAACCUGCAGGGCUGCCAACCUUGCCGGUGUGACCACAGGGGAACAGUGUCAGGUAGCUCCCAGUGUGACCCGGUCAGUGGAGACUGCUUCUGCAAGCGUCUUGUCACUGGACGCAGCUGUGACCAGUGUUUGCCAGAACACUGGGCUCUGAGCCACGACCUGAAUGGGUGCAGGGGCUGCGAGUGUGAUGUUGGAGGAGCCCUGGACAACCAUUGCUCCAUGGAGAGCGGUCAGUGUCGCUGUCGCAGUCACAUGACAGGACGUCAGUGCACACAGGUGGAGUCUGGAUAUUUCUUUAUGGCUCUGGAUCACUUCCUGUAUGAGGCUGAGCUGGCCAAAAUGGGGCAGGGCUGCACACUGGAGACCAGGGAGCACCCACCGGGGCGCCCCGCCACAUGGACAGGCAUUGGGUUUGCUCGGGUACCUGAGGGUGGCACCCUGGAAUUCCUCAUCAGUGACAUCCCCUACUCCAUGGAAUAUGACCUGCUUAUGCGCUAUGAGUCUCAGAUGCCCCGAGACUGGGAAGAAGUGAGAAUAACAGUGAUCCGUCCGGGACCGAUUCCUACCAGCAGCCCCUGUGGAAACACCAUCCCAGAUGACGACAGACUCACUGUCUCCCUGCCUGCGGGUGCCAGGUUUGUGGCCCUUCCUCAUCCUGUGUGUCUGGAGAGAGGUGUGACUUAUACCAUCCGCUUUGAGUUCAGACGCUAUCAGGACGCCAACAGCAUCCUCAACGGCGCAGCCAACGCAGUCCUGCUUGUGGACUCUAUUGCCUUGAUGCCUCGCCACUUGUCCAUGGAGAUGUUCAAUGCAGGGGAUCCAGCUUCUAACAACAGAAAGCAGACCUACGAGCGGUAUCGCUGCCACGAAGGAGGGAGGAGUGUGACCCGCCCUCUGAUGAGUGACACCUGUGCCAAGCUAAUCACCAGCAUGUCAGCCAUCAUAAAUGAUGGGGCUCUGCCUUGUAAUUGCGAUCCUCAGGGGUCCAUCAGUUCUGUGUGUGAUGUGCGCGGGGGCCAGUGCCGCUGCAGGCCCAAUGUGAUUGGUCGACGAUGUGAUCAGUGUGCUCCAGGAACUUAUGGUUUUGGACCCUCGGGCUGCAUAGCCUGCGGUUGCAGCUUGGAAGGCUCCGUGACUCGACUUUGUGACAAGUUCACUGGUCAGUGCCAGUGCCGCCCGGGAGCAUUUGGUCCGCGCUGUGAUGGAUGCCAAGCAGGUCACUGGGGUUUCCCCAGCUGCCGACCCUGCCACUGUAACGGACACGCCGAGGAGUGCGACCAGAGGACCGGAGCCUGCAUCGGCUGCAGGGACAACACUGGAGGAGACAAAUGUGACAGAUGUGCCAAUGGUUACUAUGGUAACCCAAUUUUGGGCCUACCAUCCAGUGGUCAGUGCCGUCCAUGCCCCUGUCCAGAUGGACCCAACAGUGGACGUCACUUUGCUGCCUCUUGUUACCAGGACAACCGUAACAGACAAAUUAUCUGCAACUGUAACCAGGGUUACACAGGGAUUGUUAAACGCUCCGGGGCGACCAUUUUUAAGCGUGCUCGAUGUGAGGAAUGUGCCCCAGGUUACUAUGGUAACCCCUCUCAACCUGGAGGGCGCUGCCAGCCGUGCCAGUGCAACAACAACAUAGACAUGUCAGACAUGGAUGCUUGUGACAGGCAAACUGGCGAGUGCAGGAAAUGCCUUUACAACACUGAGGGCCCCACAUGUGGCAUCUGCAAGAGCGGCUAUUUUGGGGACGCUUCCCGACGCAACUGCAGGAAGUGCACAUGUAACUUCCUGGGUACUGAACGCAGCCAGUGUGUGGAGCGUGAGGACUGUGUGUGCCAACGUGCUACAGGGCAGUGCCAAUGUCUACCAAAUGUCCUGGGCCUGACAUGUGAUCACUGCGCCCCCAACCACUGGAACCUGGCCAGUGGGAGGGGCUGUGAACCCUGCGGCUGUGAUCCCAACAACUCAGUCACCUCCGCAUGUAAUGAGUUCAGUGGGCAGUGUCAGUGUCGUGAUGGCUUUGGGGGGAAGACCUGCACAGACUGUCAGGAGAACUACUGGGGAGACCCCAGGACACAGUGCAGAGCUUGUGACUGUGACUGGCGCGGCAUUGAGACGUCUCAGUGCAACCGGGUUACCGGCCACUGUGUUUGCCAGCAGGGGGUGUCAGGUGUCCGUUGUGACCAGUGUGCCAGAGGCUUCUCUGGCCAGUUCCCUAACUGUCAGCCCUGUCACCAGUGUUUCGGUGACUGGGAUCGCAUUGUGCAGGAUCUGGCAGUGCGUACCAAAGCCCUGGCAGCGCGUGCUCAUGAGAUUCAGACCACUGGGCUUACUGGGGCCUAUGAGAAGGCUUUCAGAGACCUGGAGGAGAAACUAGCACAAGCUCAGGGUAUUGUUAAUGCACGCAAUGCCACUGCGGCAGCUGUUGCUACCCUAAUGGAGCUUAUCGAAGAGCUCAGAGCACAAAUCAGUGAGACCACAGACACCCUGAACCGCCUGGAAGGAGACCUAACCAUUGUCCAGGACAGCAACUCAGAGGCAAGCAAGGAGCUGAGUGCACUAGAGAGAGAAGCUAAAGAACUAAACCUCACUUCAGAGCAGCUACACCACCAACUGGACAUCCUAAAAAACUCCAACUUCCUCGGUGCGUACGACAGCAUCCGCAGCUCCUACAACAGGUCUCGGGAUGCAGAGCGGCGUGCCAAUGAAUCAACAACCACCAGACCCAGUACAGUCAGCCAAUCUGCAGACACUCGCCGCCGGACGGAGCGUCUCAUCGCAGCCAAGAAGGACGACUUCAACCGUAAGAAUGCUGCUAACAAGCGUGCACUUGGAGAACUCAGCACCAGAGCACAAGGCCUGGACUUGAAGAAGAUCAAUGAGAAGGUUUGCGGCGCCCCAGGUGAUGCUCCCUGCGGGGAAAGUCCUUGUGGGGGUGCAGGAUGCCGUGACGAUGAAGGGAACCGUCACUGUGGAGGCCUGAACUGUAAUGGCGCUGUAGCAGUAGCUGACAAUGCCCUGGAGAGAGCCAAACACGCUGAGAAGGAGCUGAACAAAGCCAUGAGAGAGGUGGAGGGACUCUUUACCAAGGUAGCAGAUGCCAAGAGCAAGGCUGAGGAGGCCAUGGGUAAAGCCCAAGCUGCUCUCGACAAAGCCACGUCUGCCAAAAACAAAGUGGAGCGCUCCAACAAUGACCUGAGAGACCUCAUCAAACAGAUCAGAGACUUCCUCACCCAGGAGGGUGCAGACCCAGACAGCAUUGAGACAGUGGCAAACCGUGUGUUGGAGCUCUCCAUUCCUGCCUCACCUCUCCAGAUCAGACAUCUUGCUGAUGAAAUCAAGGAACGGGUUCGCAGCCUUUCAAAUGUGGACGCCAUCCUGGAGCAGACACAGGAUGAUGUCCGCAAGGCAGAGCAACUGCUACUGGAUGCCAAGAGGGCAAGGCAUCGAGCUGAAGGAGUAAAGACCACAGUAGAGACAGUGAAACAGGCCCUGGCAGAUGCUAAGACUGCCCAGACAUCAGCAGAGAAAGCCAUAGCAAAAGCAAAGGCUGAUAUUGGGGACACAAAUGACCGACUGGUACAGAUUGAGUCGGAGACAUCCAACAGUGAGAAGAACCUGAACGAUGCCAUGGGCCGGUUGGCCACACUGGGGCGGGAGAUCAUUUCCCUGAAGACCAAACGUGCCAACAACAGUAUGGCAGCGGCCCGAGCCGAAGAAACAGCCACCAUGGCACGAGACAAGGCGAAUGAAGCCAAACAGAUUCUAGACGGCCAGCUGACGGAUAAAUACCAUGAGGUGCAGCAGCGGGUUGACACAAAGGCCAAGGCUGUAAAGGAUGCCAAGAAAAGAGCGGAGAGCCUCAGAGAUGAAGCAAAGGAACUACUGAGAGAUGCUCAGAACAAGCUCCAGAGACUAGCAGAGCUGGAGAAGAACUAUGAGGAAAACCAGAGGAAGUUGGAGGGGAAAGCUCGUCAGCUGGAUGGCUUGGAGGACAAGAUGAAAGCCAUUCUCAAUGACAUCAACAAACAGAUCCAAAUCUACAACACAUGCCAGUAACCUUGUCAUUAGAAAACAGGUCCAUCAACGUGUCAUUCUGCCAUUUCCUCCAGAAGCAAGCAAUCAGAAGAUAGCUGCGGUGCUUAUUUUAUCUCUCUGCAAGUGAAUUUGCAAAUUUUGUGUGCAAACUGUCUUUUAUGUCAGUAUUUUAAACGGUUGCGAUAAUAGAUAUAGAUAUAUAUAUAUAUAUAUCCACAGCUGAACAUAUAAAGGUUGUUUGAUUUCACUUGCUGUAAUUUUAAUUGUGUACAUUAUUUUGGUUUUCAAGUUUUAAAACGAUCAGGAAAUGUAUCUGUGUUUAAGCAAUCUGGAAAUGUAUUUGUUUAAAUUUGUAUUUUAAACUCUAAUUUAAUAAUACACAGAUGUGGGUGAAAAUAAUGCAUUGCAAACAAUCUACAGUUUAAAUAUUUAUAGACUCUUUUUAACUUAGAGUGUGUGUUUUAUAAUCAGCAGGUCAAGAUCACUUCUUUAUCAAGUCUCUGUUACUACUAGAAGUACAUUCUGAGCUGUGCUCAUUGGAAGAGGACUUCAUAUAUACUGCAGUGGACAGUGUCUUCUUUCAGUAUGAAAUGGAACAAAUUUCAAGCGCGUGAGAACAUAAAGUCCGAAAAAAAAUCUGCUCACAUUUAACUGUGCAUCAAAGUCAGAAUCAUGAGGCUUUAGUCAUUUUGGCUCAUUCUCCAAUCAGCCAUAAUACUGAGAUGGAGGUAUAUUCACUAGACCCUUGUCCCUGUGUACUUUUAAAGAGGGUUAUUGCAAUACUAGGAAUGCAUUUUUGUAAUAUGUCUGCCUUGAUAUAAAUAACAAGGAAAUAGAUAUGACCUUUUUUUAAAUGUAAAAAUAAAAUAAGCUGUUGACACGGUUAAGCACGUAAGAAACAGAACCGCCCAAAAACCACCUCUGCCUGGAGUACGAGGUUGGCAGUAAUGUCGGGAGCGAUUUAAAUUAACAGUAAAUGCUAGCAGCCGAGCUCUGAUGAUGCUGCUAUCAGUUGGUCCUCAGUGAUUCAUCUGAUGAAACAACAAUAUGGUCUAUCUACAGGCUUCUGACACAUUGUCAAGAGGUCACUGUACAGAGGAUAAAGUCUGAUUCCCAAAAAUGUUUUUUUUUUUUUCAAACAUUAUUAAUGUUCUGUUUGUGUUGUGGAUGUAGUCAACAACCAGAUCUUUUUGAAUGAAUGCCACAGCAGUGAUCUACUGAUUGUGAAUGUUAUAUUUAUAUACUGUGACAGAAUAUGUACGAUCUGCAGUAACUGAUGCCUCACUGUAGUGACAUAGUACUCUACAGUAUGCAAAGUGUGUAAUUGUGCCUUACAGUAUGCCGGUGUCUUGGACAUUUACUCAUGUACUAUCUGCAUGACAAUUUGUAUUUUAGGAAACAUGCCUAACCAAAAACUAACUUUGUACAUGUUUCCCUCUGAUCACAAAUCAACUAGCAGUCAAAUGAUUUUGAUAACUAAUUGCCAAAGCAAAAAGUACCAAAAGAUGCUUGUGUAAAGGUUAACUGUGUACAGUUGUGAGAAUAAAGUCUGGAUAACUUGACUUUUCUCUGUGUCAAAGUAGCUUC